GAACCUUGAGAUUGCGUUGGAAAGGUAACACUUGCGGCUGUUGAUACGUGAUCUCAAUCGCCCUUGGCCAAGGGAAAAACCUCUCGUGUUGAUCUGUACCAUCCCUUGCCUUUUCCUAAAUUUGCUCAGCUCCCCUUGGUGGUGGUAUGCUGAGCUCUCCUUUCUUCUUGCUGAGUAUUAUUAACUUCGUAUCGCUAAUUUACAUUCCUUCCCCGCGCACCUCCCUUGCUUGGGGAGCUCUCUGGGCUCCAGAUGACUUCCAUAGCCGUUUAUGGAUCUCGGCUUGAGCAUUGUGUACCUGUCGACCAAGCCGUGAGCCUUCCUAUUUUGACUAUGGAUUGUUCAUAUUGAGGCUUGGCCUAAUCUUUUGCACAUCGCAUCGUCCUUCCCCACAACCACCGUCAUUGCGUUAAACAACAAACACAAACAUCCAUCUUCUCAGCAACAACCAGAUGAUUUUGCUAGUCUUGCUCUUUGGCUUUUCGAAACAUGUCUGCCGAGACUUAUUCACAUCAUCCGGCCCGGCCUGGCCUUAUCAAUGCUAAAAUCAAACCGCGAAAACUCCGAGAAGCAUGCGAUAAUUGUCAUGUAGCAAAAGUGAAAUGCACCAAGUCAAGGCCGACUUGCGAUCGCUGUCACUCUGCUGGUGCUCCCUGUACUUACAGUCCGUCUGCGCGGAUGGGUAAACCUCGCCAACGAGCAUCUACUGAUCAGCCCAAGGUCCAGGCGCCGGCGACCUAUCUACGAUCCGCGAGCUUAUCAUCGGUUGGUCACUCAAACUUGGGAAUGGACUUGACUGCCGGACUGAAAUGGUUCGAUGUUUCGGACGUGGAUACUUUUAGCUUUCCUCGCAAUGACGGAUUCCAGCCAUCUCUGAGCGAAGCAGAAUAUAACUUCAGCCCAUUAGAUUUACUACUGGAUGCCGAAAAUGGGCACAUGACCCCGAAUGAAGAUGCUCCGAGGCAUGAUUCAUUUGGAACGAGAUCCCCAUCAUCUGUUGAUUUUCUCUCAUCGUCGGCAGAGGGCGCUCUGGCCGAUUCGCCGACCGAUAGCUGUCCUUCGCUCUCGCUCGGCCCAGCGGAUAUGUCUUUGAAAUACCAGUGGCACCCAUCCAUCCUCUCUGACGAUUACCAGCAGCUGCUAGAAAUGAAGGCACCUUCACCACGGCCAUAUCCGACACCAGGGUCAACACAUCAUUCCCUAGAACACAAUCCGCUUCUCACAAAAUGUAAUUGCGCUUCCCUUUCCCUACAGACAAUGCAAAAUCUCUUCUCCCACUUCGAACCAUCGACGGCAUUGCAAAGCUCUCCUUUGGAUCUUGCUCUCUCAACCAACAAGGAAGCGAUAGCACAUUGUUCGGCAAUGCUAGACUGUGAUACCUGUCUUACGAGCCCCGAUGGAAGUGCCAUCGUCAUGCUUCUGGCAAUUCUUCUCGGAAAAAUUGUUGCCUUUUACACUUCGGCGUGCCGCACGUAUUUUUCAACCCCGGUCGAUUCUAGAACAGAACCGGGAACUCUUCAUCUCUCUCUGGGUGCCUAUCGGAUCGAAGGCGAGUCAAAAAGAAAACUCGAGAUGGAGAUUCUGCUCAUUGAACUGCGCAUGGUCGAGGCAACCUACAACAAGUUUAAGGAGACGUGUAACAUCCUGCGGCAGACGCACCAGCAUGCGUCUGGCGUCUAUGAUGCCAUGAUAGUUUAUCUGGCAAGGGAAUUGAAUGCUGCUAUUCUCGCAGCCACUUCGAACAUAGUUGAAUGAGCUGCUAUUUUGUAUAAAGAUGGCGUUUACAUGUCUUCUGUUGUCACGGGCAUGAUGUUGCUUGAUAUCUCUCGGUGUUUUGCUGGAGUCACGUAGUAAUGACUAGAAGGACAAUGGGUUUGAUUUCCGCCAUAAAUGUUAGAAUGAUUAGGAACCUAGUAUUUAUCUAUCAUCUCCUAC